AGUAACAGUAAAAGCAAUAUGGUAGGGGUGGGGAUCACUUGCACCGCAAUGCUGGUACAAUAAUGCAGUCACACUAAACAUUCAGUGGCAGUUCGCUGACUUCUUAGAGAAGGAAGAAUGAGCAAAUGUUUAAAGUGUCUGUGUCCCUGCUGUUUUUCUUCAGCGAAGAAACAAGUAGGCACGCCACUUCGCAUUGUACUUAUUGGAAAAACUGGAGUUGGGAAAAGUGCAGUCGGAAACACUAUUCUCGGUAGAAAGGCGUUUGAAUCAGAGCCUUCUGCAAACUCUGUUACUCAUACAUGCAGAAAAGAAAAGGUGAAUGACCAAAGAGAAAUUUAUGUGAUUGAUACGCCUGGAGUCAUGGACACCAGUGAACCAAAAGAUGACAUCAAAAGAGAAAUCGUGAGAUGCAUUCAGGUGUCAGCACCAGGUCCUCAUGCAUUCUUGUUGGUGAUCCAAGUUGGCCGUUUCACAACCGAGGAGAAAAAUUCUGUUCGAGCUCUACAAGAGCUGUUUGGAGAAGAAGCUUCAAAAUACAUGAUAGUGGUCUUUACCCAUGGAAAUUUGCUCAAAGAUAAAACCAUUCAAGAAUAUGUCCAAAAAGGUCACGAAGACCUUAGAAAAGUCAUCCAGAGCUGUGGAAGUAGAUAUGUUGUUUUUGAUAACACUAAGUUGACAAAUCAAGACAAGGUGAAAAAAUUAAUAGAGAAAAUUGAUGACAUGGUGGCAGCCAAUGGAGGAAGUUGCUUUACUCAAGAAAUGUAUGAAGAAGCAGAAAAACUGAUAAAACAACGACAACUACAACUGCAGAUACAGAGACAGGAGGCAGAGCGUCUGGAGUAUGACUUUAGCUUUCUCCAGAACCUUGAACAUAGAAUACGUUUGUUUCAACAAAUCUUGCGUGGAGAAUUGUAUCAAAAUAUGGCGUUUGAUGAUCAGGAGUCAUAAUAAUUUCAUUACGUUUCAUUUAACACUUUGAAAUAAUAUGGAACAUGUGAAAAAGAUUUCUCUCUGUCAUUGGUGUUGUCUUGGUCACAUCUUAAAUAAUAUAAUAUCAAAUGUCCCAAAUGUGUGUGUCUAAACUCAACACUGUGUCCUGUGGACUCUUACAAUAAAAGUCAUUUAGGAUCAGAUACUUUGCCAAAAUAAUACAUUUUAAUGUAACUGAAACGUUUUAAAUUUAAAAUAACAAAAAGCAUUUGAGGAUUUCUUUUGGUGCAAGCUUCAGUGGAAAAAUAGUGGCUAGCUGUGAGUUGUACAAUUAAUAUUGCUUUCAUUAUGCAUUGGUAUGUCACAGUACAUGCACCCUCUUUUUCUACACCCUAAAAUGUAUGGGCUUUUCAAUAGGAAAAACAGUACAUACUUUUAGGGCAUGUUUUAAGUGCAUAUGCCAUGUAUUGAAUGCUUGUGCGCUGGUGUCCCUGCCAGGUAUUUUAUAGUUAAACAAGUAAGACUUUCUGCUCGUAGUUUAACUGAUUAGCAGCAUGACUCUGUCUGUCCACAAGCAAAACCAAUGCCAGACCACCAAUACAGUACAUCACACAGCAGCAUAAACCAGAAUGGAAACCAGUGCUGGUCUGGGCUGAUGUCAGCAGGGUAAACAGAUCCUGUGUUGAUCAAGAGUUAUUGUCUUUCAACUAUACAAAAAAUUCAAGGCAAAACACCAACAUUCAGCAAAAAACUAUGGAUAUCAGAAUGUCAUGCAUGUUAUCGCUUUUAUUGUACUGUGUACUCUUUACACUUCCUGCUUUCUUGUUGCUUAGAAACCUUAUAAGAUUGUUCUUUUGUAACACUUACUGUAAUCCAUUUGCUGCUGUUGUAUAGAACCACCAUGUUCUUGUCAUGUUUUAUGUGUGAUAUUUCUAAUUAUAAUUCAAAGCAUAGUCAGCUAUGUUUUAGUUGGUUCAGAAACACCCCACUGCUGUAAAUUACCUGUACAAUCUAAAAAAAGGAUGUGUUAAUUUUUACACAUCUUUUUGUGUAAUGCCUUUAACACAUUAUGUGUAAUUCUCACACAAAUCAGGUGUCAUUUUUUGUCGAUUUUGUGUUCAAAUUAAUCACAAGUUGUGUGUUGUCCCAGAAUCCACAUGAAUGUGUUGUUUUUUAACACAUCUGUACUAAGAGUGUAGGAAACUCUUUUGAUCAGCUUACUUUAUGUUUCUCAGAAGGAAGACAUACUUUCACAGAUAACCCAAUGGUUUGCUCUGCCUCUGGCUGGAUCGAUUCAAACAAUACAACUCUGAAUGAUUUCAGGAAGUGGGUUGUAUUGUGACAUUUUGAUUAUUAUUUGUGAUUUUUAUUUAUUAAAAAUAAUCCCAAUUUUG